AUGAGCAUCACCAAGAGGACACCAAAUUCGUGGUCAACAAUGGGAACUACAACCAAGAGAGAAAGGACAUCCUUUGGUUCUAAUGGACAACUUGAUGAACCCAAGCAUGAAGAAAAGCCUGAGGACGUGGGCACACCUCUACAAGAUGAUUUGGAGUCCAUCCAUAGGGUUCAUGAAGAAAAGAGUGCUCUUGAGGAGAUUGAAGGGAAUGCAUUUGCACUCAAUGGAACAUGUCUAAGCUAUUUCUUCUUUCCCUCAUUGGAGACUAAAGAGAAUGUGACUGAACAUGAUGAGAGUGUAAUGGUGAUGAAAGAUGAUCAUAACAAGCUUGUUGAGUAUGUCAAAGGCGUCAUAGAUAGAGAGUGUGUACAAAAGUUGUUUGGUGAGCACAUGGGAAGUUCUCAAGAUAAGAAAGCAAUAACUCGACGACUUGUAGGGAAUAACUCGACGACUUGUAAGGAAUACCUCGACGACUUGCAGCAGCUAUCGCGUGCCGGAAAGAUCUGUUGGAUCGUGAUGGGAAGAUGGGAUCUAGAGGCUGGCUUUAACGCUCUCUCCUUUAGAUCAGUGGAUGAGGAUGGUAAGACAAGGCUUGAUUCCACAAGACUUGAAUCGAGGCGGUGUUCAACAAGCUGGCUAUCACGCUCUCUCUUGUAUGAACGAAAAGGGGAUGUCGAAGGUGGAUCGAUGGCACCACAGAGAUUAUGGAAGGGUCUCUGA